AUGGGCCAAUCAAGCGAUUUGAACGCCAUCAUUAUUGGUGCUGGACCAGCGGGCAUUUCAAUUGCAUAUCGUCUCAAGCAUCAACUUGGGUUUCAUGACUUUACAAUUUACGAGAAAUUAGAUGGAGUGGGUGGAACAUGGAGGACCAACACAUACCCGGGAUGUGGAUGUGAUUUGAAGUCGCAUCUUUACUCUUUCAGCUUCAAUCCAAACCCCAACUGGUCAAAAGAAUUAUGUGAACAACCAGAAAUUCUACAAUACAUGGAAGACACAGUCGACAAAUUUGACAUCAGAAAGCAUGUUCACGAGUCUGUUGAAUGCACUGGUGCAUUCUGGAGAAAUGACGAGUCAAAAUGGGAGGUUCGGCUCAAGGAUCUCCGGACCGGGCUGGAGUACAGCCGAAUGGCCAACGUCCUCGUAUCCGCUGUAGGAGCCAUUUCUUUCCCCCGCGACGUCAAGUUCCCGGGAAUGGAAACCUUCAAAGGCCCCAUGUUCCACACUGCGAGAUGGGACCACAGCGUAGACUACACAGGCAAGCGGGUAGCCGUCAUUGGUAAUGGCUGUAGUGCUGCUCAGGUUGUACCAGCAAUGGCUAAGAAAGCGGCUUUCGUCAAGCAAUACGCACGCAGCGGGCAAUGGUUCCACGCCCGUCCAAAUCGCAACUAUACUGCCGCAGAGAAGUUCAUGUUUCGCUGGGUCCCUCUGUACCAGCGACUUCUCCGUCUAAGCAUCUUCCUCGACGCGGACGAGGAGACCACGACCUACUUCCCCACCCCCAAGGGUGUCAAGGCUCGUGCCGAGAAGGAGGACGAGUCGCGGACCUACAUCAAGUCCAAAGUGCCCGAGAAGUACAGCAAGUUCAUUAUUCCCAAUUUCCCACUAGGAUGUAAGCGCCGCAUCUUCGACCCCGGCUACCUGGACAGCUUGAACAAGUCCAACGUCGAGCUUCUCGCCGAAGGAAUCCAAGAAAUCACCGAGACGGGCAUCAUCAGCGCUUCCGGUAUUCGUGAUGACUUUGACAUCAUUGUCCUAGCUACCGGCUUCCAAGUUUCUCAAUUCUUGACUCCCAUGCACAUUGUUGGUUCCACUGGGGUCUCCCUCCACGAUCAAUGGGCACAGUGUCGUGGUGCGCAAGCCUACCUCGGAACUCAUGUCCACAAUUUUCCCAACAUGGCCAUUCUCUUUGGACCCAACACGUUUCCCGCAAACAACUCUGCGCUAUUUGCCUGCGAAACGCAAGCAGACUAUGCCGUGGCCUCGCUCUUCAAGCCACUUUUGGACAAGAGAGCCAACAGAAUCGAGGUCAAGCAGACUGUAGAAGACACAACAACUAAUGCGAUCCACAAGGAGUUGGCCAACACCGUCUUUGCCGGCGACUGCUCCAACUGGUAUAUUGGCGACUAUGGACGCAACGCCGCGUCAUGGCCGGGCCUAGCCCGCUCCUACUGGGCCGCAACGUAUUUCCCUGACUGGAGCGCUUUCAACAUGGACGGUGGAAGUUCAUUCUGGCCAGUAUUCAAGACACAGCGUUUGAUGUCUACCACCUCUACCUCGCUCAAGGUGCUGAUUCUGCUUGGUUCUGUUGUUGGGCUCAUGAGAUGGAGGGGCCCAACGUUCAUGUCGAUACUAGAGAUUGUGAAGAGUCGCAGCAUUCGGUCAGGGUAG